AUGGGUAACAAUACCUCCAGUACGAGAAAAUCGACAGCCGGUAUAAGGCAUGGUGGGGCAAGCAUACGAAAGUCAGCGGUGAAUGCUGCCAACCAUUCGUUGGACGAAGACUUUAGUGAUUUGAUUUUGCAUGAAGUGAAAAAAAAGCAAGAGAAGCAGAACAGUCCCAUUCGGCCCAUUACCAGCUCUUCUGGCUCCAAUACCGACGAUACAUUACCGAAGAAUGAAUUUUCCAACGGGUUGAUUGAAGAUGAGUACAACGAAUUGAAUGCCGGACUUAUAGAGACGGAUGUUGCCGAGCUCAACAGGAACAUCAUCCCUGAUGAAGAUAGCAACAGUGAUGCGGAAAUGGAAGAUAUGUCUAUCUCUCUGACUGACGUGCCCACCAACAACCACAACGGAGUCACGGAACUGGAAACAGAGACGCCUACACCCGAUUGGAGUAAGGUGGAUUUCACCAAGAUUCUUCCGCCAAAUGCGCCGGGACAAUCGAAUGAAACAGGAGGACGGCUGCCUCGGGAAGACUUGACCAAUAGCAAGAGCAGCAGUUCGUCGCAGGUCAGGCAAUUGAUUCCUGUGGAGAUCAAGUGGGUCAACUCGACCAAGGAAAACAUUCAGAAAAUUGCAAUCAUUGGUUCGUUUUCCAAUUGGAGAGACAUGAUCCGACUCAAAAAGUCGAAAACUUUUGACAAUGAGUAUACCGUUACAAUAAAGCUUCCCUUGGGAGUGCACAAGUUGUUAUAUGUCAUUAAUAACGAGUAUCGCAUUAGCGACCAGCUUCCAACUGCCACUGACCAAGAGGGAAUUUUCUUCAACUGGUUUGAAGUACUCGAUGCUGGCCAUCUUUUUAAUCAUUCACAGAACUUGCCACAGCGUACAGAGGCAUCUACAAACUACGACGCCAACAUCAUAGCGCAGCCUACUAAUGACGUGUACCAGGCAGGAAGGUACGAGGUUGAUCGUAUCAAUAGAAAAUCUACAAGUUUUUUGACGAGCGUCAGCAAGCAGGAAAGUGGUACGGAAAUCAGUCAUGUUGAGUAUAUGGAUGAAGAUUCCAACGCACAUCAUGAUCCACGGUCACAGGGAGAUAAUCGCAAUGUCGAUGGACAUCAGGGAUUCAAGAGUCCUCCGGGAAUAUCUGAUCCAGGAGCUUAUACUCCUUUCCAUGGACUGACGUCGUCGUCGUCGCUUCUUGCUGAAAAGAAGAAGCCUAUCGAGUACUCCAGUGAAAUUCCAGCGAUGUUUGUCAACUACGAAUAUUUCAAGAAAAAGGGACCUUCCUACGAAUUGCCUGAGCCACCCCAGUUACCAGCGCACCUCAACAAUGUGUUGUUGAACAAAUUACUGAAUCCUCACCAAUCCAAUACUUCGAUUCCUACGUCUCCCGCUGAGGCUGCAAUUAGCGCAGCCCACCUAAGUUCAUCUACAGGGAUAGGGUCGUCGUCGUUGGGAGGAUCAAGUUCGCAUCGACCAGCACUUCGUCGCGCCGACAGCUCGUAUUAUGCCUCGAGUUCAAACGACUAUCUGGCGAUUCCAAACCACGUUAUUCUCAACCAUUUAAUGACCACUUCCAUUCGAAACGAGGUUCUUACAGUUGCAUGUAUAACACGAUAUCUGGGCAAGUUUGUCACCCAGAUAAUGCACUCGCCAGCCGAUACAUAG